AUGCAUGACAUGGUGAUAUUCUUUGUCAUGUUUGACUAGUUAGCUACUGAAAAUAGCCACUGUGGUGCAAAUGCUAAUCGACUAGCAAGCUAAUCAAACCCCAUGUUAAGUGAUAGGGACACAUGCUAAGUUGGCUAGCUAGCCACGAUGAAAUGAUGGCUAAAUAGCUAGCUAACUACAUUGGAUUAACGUUAUAGAUUUCGAGGUCGUUUAUUUAAUGAUCAACUAGCUAGCUAGCUAGAUGAAUACCAUUUACAUCUAGCCAGCUGGUAAUUAUGAAGUUAAAUAUUUGCUAAAUCUAGCUAGUUAUCUUGUACUGCCUGCAUUUCCAUUCAUUGUUUGUCUGGAAGCAGGUUGUGUGUACAGGGCAUUUUAGUACAGCUGUAGCAGUCAACAGGCAAUAACAAGCUAUAGGAGAUUAAUUAAUUCAUGUUUUAACCUAUUUUUCUGGAAAUUGUCUUUCAGCAUAAACCUGCUCUCCACCAACAGUAUAAAUGAACAAGGGUGAACAAGCAUCACUUCAGAUAUUGUCUUUGUACUUUGAGCUUAUUGCUUGAACUUGGGGGUCAAUGAAUGUUAUUGCUGGUAUGCAAGGUUUUAAUGUCUUGUAUAUUUUUGUCUGCUUUCCUCCUUUACAGCUUAAUUUGUCUGGAGCCUGGUGUUGUUGUGGCCAAGGUGCUUUCACGCAGAUGGACCCAGGUUUCAGCUGCUGUGCAACGUUGACGUCCUUCCUCCGAGAUGUGCAACCAUACCCCGGACUGGAAACAAACCGGCAAACAUAUAUUAUUGAAAAGGUCAAGACUUUUGCAAUGAAAAGGCCAUGGACAUUACAUGUCCUGCAACAAAGGGCAGGACAGAAAUAUGCUCUCAAGCACGAUUCCUUUGAUCAUAUCAUGACCAGAACCAAAGUCACUCAAAGGAUCUUAUGAUAUAGGCCGAUGUGUUUUUCUUAAUUGUAGGCUACUACCUUAAGCACUUGAAGUUAAUAAAUUAUUUUAAUGUUGAAAGCGUUUCCUUGUUUUUUAAGCACAACCUCACUGCUUUAGCUCGUGGUCACAUGUCUUCAUGUGAGUUCUUUAAGAGAUGGGUGGGUCUAAGAGGGUGUGAACAAUGCUAAAUGGGCAUAAACAAAGCGCACCACUGUAGCUGUUCAAUAUGAAAGGUUAUCUUUAUUAUACAACAAUAGGCUAUGUAAUACUGUUAAUGGUUUGCCUAAUGGGGAACUUGGUGAGAUAAUGUUCAGAGACUCCAUUUUCGUAAUUUGGUGAAAGUAUUCCUUUUAUAAAUAUGUUUCACAAGGAUUAAUGUAGAGCAAGUGUGAAAAUCGCAGGAAAAUGUUUGAUUGUCUUUUUUCCCCAAAGCAAUCAAUCAUUUUUGGGGGGUGGGGGGGUUCUACUAAGCUAUAUGGAAUUGUUUUAAGAAGAUCAUACCAAGGAUCAUUUAGCUAUUUGAUUUUGAAUUUGAACACCCCUUGAAGUAUCAAAAUAUAUAUACAAAAAUGAUUUGAUGAAAAUGUGAAUUUGGCCUUACUCCUAUUAGCCCAUACAAACGCAUUGAAUAACAGAUUCAUCACUACAUGGAACAACAGAUAGAAAAAAUAUAUAUAUCUAAAGGAAAUGUGUUCUGAAGUGUCUGCCCUAUAUCUGAGAGAUAUAAGAAAUCAGACAACUAUAUAUUUUUGACAUAUAUUUGACCCCUUAUUUUUGGCACUAAUCUAUCUCCAUAUACUGUGCAUUCGGAAGGUAUUCAGACCCCUUGACUUUUUCCACAUUUUUUUACGUUACAGCCUUAUUUUAAAAUUGAUUAAAUAGUUUUUCCCCCUCAUCAAUCUACACACAAUACCCCAUAAUGACAAAGCAAAACGUAUAUGUAUUAAAAAUGUAAAACAGAAAUAUCACAUUUACAUAAGUACUCAGACCAUUUACUCAGUAGUUUGUUGAAGCACCUUUAGCAGCGAUUACAGCCUCGAGUCUUCUUGGGUAUGGCGCUACAAGCUUGGCACACCUGUAUUUGGGGAGUUUCUCCCAUUUUCUCUGCAUAUCCUCUCAAGCUCUGUCAGGUUGGAUGGGGAGCGUUGCUGCACAGCUAAUUUUGGGUCUCUUCCGAGAUGUUCGAUCGUGUUCAAGUCCAGGCUCUGGCUGGGCCACUCAAGCACAUUCAGAGACUUGUCCCGAAGCCACUCAUGCGUUGUCUUGGCUGUGUGCUUAGGGUCAUUGUCCUGUUGGAAGGUGAAUCUUCACCCCAGUCUGAGGUCCUGAGCACUCUGGAGCAGGUUUUCAUCAAGGAUCUCUCUGUACUUUGCUCCAUUAAUCUUUCCCUCGAUCCUGACUAGUCUCCCAGUCCCUGCCGCUGAAAAAACAUCCCCAGAGCAUGAUGCUGCCACCACCAUGCUUCACCGUAGGAAUGGUGCCAGGUUUCCUCCAGAUGUGACGCUUGGCAUUCAGGCCAAAGAGUUCAAUCUUGGUUUCAUCAGACCAGAGAAUCUUGUUUCUCAUGGUCUGAGAGUCCUUUAGGUGCCUUUUGGCAAAUUCCAAGUGGGCUGUCAUGUGCCUUUUACUGAGGAGUGGCUUCCGUCUGGCCACUCUACCGUAAAGGCCUGAUUGGUGGAGUGUUGCAGAGAUGGUUGUCCUUCUGGAAGAUUCUCCCAUCUCCACAAAGGAACUCUGGACCUCUGUCAGAGUGGCCAUCAGGUUCUUGGUCACCUCCCUGAUCAAGGGCCUUCUCCCCGAUUGCUCAGUUUGGCUGGGUGGCCUGCUUUAGGAAGAGUCUUGCAGUGGAGGCUCCUCAGAGGAGGAAGGGGAGGACCAUCCUCCUCAGUGAAUUUCAUAGAAAUAAAAACGGUAAAACAUUGAAAAAGUUAUCCUUUUAGAUAAAACUAUACUAAAUAUGUUUACAUGUCACCAAAUAAUAGAUUAAAACACAUUGUUUUGCAAUGAAGGUCUACAGUAGCCUCAACGGCACUCUGUAGGGUAGCACCACGGUGUUGCCGGAGAACAGCUAGCUUCCGUCCUCCUCUGGGUACAUUGACUAAAAUACAAAACUUAGGAGGCUCUUGGUUCUCACCCACUUCCAUAGACUUAUACAGUAAUUAUGACAACUUCCAGAGGACGUCCUCCAACCUAUCAGAGCUCUUGCAGCAUGAACUGACAUGUUGUCCACCCAAUCAAAGGAUCAGAUAAUUAAUUUAGUACUGAAAGCAAAAGCCACAGCUAGCUAGCACUGCAGUGCAUAACAUGUGGUGAGUAGUUGACUCGGAGAGAGAGAGAGACAAUAGUUGAACAGUUUUCAACAAAUUAAUUUCUUCAAAAAUGAAGAAGACAAUGAAAGUAAUUUUUUUCAGUUUCACUUACUUAGCUAGCAAAUGCAGCUGGCUAGUUUAGUUACUCAAACACACGGCUCAGAGGGAUGCUAUGUUAGCUAGCUUGCUAUGACUAUCCAACACAACACUGGAACUCUUCCAAGUCAAGGUAAGCUUUUGGUUUUAUUAAUUUAUUGCCACCGGGGCCCGCCGGUCUAACUGUAGCGGGUUUACUAACGCAUUAGUUCUGUUAGCUAUGUUGACUAGGACGUUACUUUAGCUAAUAUGGGGACAACGAUAUAGGCUGUUUGUAGCGGUUAUGACAUGGUUAGCCUUGGGAAGGUUUUUUCGCCUGGUCACAUACAGCUGAUGUGUUGUUCAUUGAAGUCCACAAACGAAGGGAAAAGGUGAGAGGAGGAGAGUGCAAAGAGGCUAGAAUGAAUACAACAUGGCUGCUAUGAAAAUUAACUCUGUUUAUGCGUGAUCAGGGUUUUAGCAAAAGUUUCUACAAACCUGUUUUCGCUUUGACAUAUUGUGUGUAGAUUGAGGGGAAAAAAUUAUUUAAUAAAUUUUAGAAGAAGGCUGUAAUGUAACAAAAUGUGGAAAAAGUCAAGGGGUCUGAAUACUUUCCGAAUGCACUGUAUACUUUCAUAUUUUUUUUUUUACUGGUACCGGGUGACCUUCAGACGAGGCUUGUGAGCAUCCUAGAGCAAAAGGACCGACAUGUUCGUGAGAGACUCACUUUUCCACAGAGGGGUCAUAUUAGUGGGUAGCCCAAACUGUUCGGACCCUACAGACAGAAGUUGUCAGAUCGGCUGUACCGUCUUCAGACAAGUCCCAAGACGCUUGUGGGGGUCGUAGAGCAAAACUGAGAACACAUUUACAUUUAAGUAAUUUAGCAGACGCUCUUAUCCAGAGCGACUUACAGGAGCAAUUAGGGUUAAGUGCCUUGCUCAAGGGCACAUCGACAGAUUUUUCACCUAGUCGGCUCGGGGAUUAGAACCAGAGACCUUUCGGUUACUGGCACAACGCUCUUAACCACUAAGCUACCUGCCGCCCCGCAGAGCCAGCGCAGUGUUUGUCAGACCAUGAAACAUCCCGAAAAUCGGUCUUCUCACGAAAACGUCUGUAGCGUCCGAAUGGUUUGGCCUACAAACUCUCACCAUCGUGUUCGUGAGAGUCAUCUUUCCAUAAUAGUUUGUAGGCCAAACCAUUCGGACGCUACAGACGUUUUCGUGAGAAGACCGAUUUUCGGGAUGUUUCAUGGUCUGACAAACACUGCGCUGGCUCUGCGGAAGUGUGACAUCUGCUGAUGCAGUGGAUUAAGACACAUCCAAUGAAAAAAACAUAUCUCUAGCUUUAAACUGACGGAUUUUGAUGGGGAUUUUUGUAUUAUGCUAAUUAGAUGUAUGCGAGGCCGCGGAUAUCGACUCUAGGGAGUUAAAGCAGCAUUACUUCACAAUGUUUCCUCCAACUACAGUGUAUGAGAUGCUAUAUGGAAGCGCUGAGUCUGGACUUUUAUCCAAUGUAAAACACAAUUUCAAAUGUUUUAACAUAAGACCGAAAGACGCUGGGGGUGGAUGGGUCACUUUUGAAUAGCCAAUUGUAUGCGCGUCUCAUUGGCUGAACUGUGAAAUCUUUUUUUUAAACAAUUUACACCCAAACCACUUAUUUCCUUACAGGCCAAGCAGGGUCACAGAGAAAAGCUGCUUUUUAAGAUCCUUAAUUCUGAUUUUUCUAUAUACUGAACAAAAAUAUAUAUGCAUCAAUUUCAACGAUUUUACUGAGUUAAAGUUCAUAUAAGGAAAUCAGUCAAUUUAAAUAAAUAAAUUAGGCCCUAAUCUAUGGAUUUCACAUGACUGGAAAGGGGCACAGCCAUGGGUGGGCCUGGGAGAGCAUAGGCCCACCCACUUGGGAGCAAGACCAAGCAAUCAGAAUUAAAUAAAAUCCCACAAAAGGGCUUUAUUACAGACAGAAAUACUCCUCAGUUUCAUCAGCUGUCGGGGUGGCUGAUCUCAGAUGAUCCCGCAGGUGAAGAAGCCGGAUGUGGAGGUCCUGGGCUGUCGCGGUUACACAUGGUCUGCGGUUGUGAGGCCGGUUAGACAUACUGCCAAAUUCCCUAAAAUGAGGUUGGAGGCGGCUUAUGGUAGAGAAAUGAACAUUCAAUUCUCUGGCAACAGCUCUGGUGGAUAUUCCUGCUGUCAGCAUGCCAAUUCCACACUUCCUCAAAACUUGAGACAUCUGUGGCAUUGUGUUGUGUGACAAAACUGCACAUUUUAAAGUGGCCUUUUAUUGUCCCCAGCACCUGACAGGUUCACCUCUGUAAUGAUCAUGCUGUUUAAUUCACUUCUUGAUAUGCCACACCUGUCAGGUGGAUGGAUUAUUUUGGCAAAGGAUAAAUGCUUACUAACAGUGAUGUAAACCAAUUUGUUCACAACAUUUGAGGGAAACACAUUCAUGGGAUCUUUUAUUUCAGCUCAUGAAACAUGGGACCAACACUUUCCAUGUUGCGUUUAUAUUUUUGUUCAGUAUAUUUAAUUCAUAUUUUAAUUUUGGGGUAAUAAACAAUCUGGAACACUGGACAGAUACUUUUAUAUUCCUACAUUAGAACGUGGCUAACAAGGCUAACCCCUCUUUCUUCCUCUCUGUGUGUGUGUCCAGGUACGACACGGCUAGGGACAACUUCAUUGACCUGAUGGAGCUGAAGCUGAUGAUGGAGAAGCUGGGGGCACCUCAGACACACCUGGGCCUGAAGAACAUGAUCAAGGAGGUGGACGAGGACCUGGACAACAAGCUGAGCUUCAGAGAGGUGAGUCAAGAUGAGACUGCACAAGCACUUGCCCAUCACACUUCAAUUAAUACUUGUAUGGAAAAUGAGUCAGUGGUGCGUGCAUGCGCUUUCUCAUCCUACAGUUACAAAUAACAACUCCAUUCCAAAUAUUAAGUAGCAAUUUACCUGUUGGCUCUUGGUCAUUGUAGCCUAUCCUUCUCCUUUAACUUUUCAUUCUGUCAUUUUAAUUCCAUCUUCCAUUGAUUAGAUACAGUGAGCUCCAAAAGUAUUGGGACAGUGACAAUUUGAAUUUGAAAUGAUACCAGGACUGAGGUUAAAGUGCAGACUGUCAUCUUUAAUUUGAGGGUAUUUUCAUCCAUAUCGGGUGAACCGUUUAGAAAUUGCAAAACUUUUUGUACAUAGUCCCCCCCCCAUUUUAGGGGACUAAAAGUAUUGGGACAAAUUCACUAAUGUGUAUUCAAGUAGAAUUCUGGAACCGCUCGCGGAUCGGGUCUCGGGUAUUCGGGUACAGGUGGAUCCGUGAAGACCUCUAGUGCGAGCUUUGACAUUUUGUUUUUGGUCGUUUUAGGGUUUUUUCUUCUGUGAUGUGAUCCAUUUGGCUGCUUGUAAAACCAAAAUAAGAAUAUGUACAGAACUUGUAUGGAUUCUGGUUUACUUACAAUCCACUCUUCCUCUCCCCCCUUUUCCUCCCUCCCUCCCUCCAGUUCCUCUUGAUCUUCAGGAAGUCAGCAGCAGGGGAGCUAGCGGAGGACAGCGGUCUCAGUGUUCUGGCUCGGCUCUCAGAGAUCGACGUGUCCACUGAGGGAGUGAAGGGAGCCAAGACCUUCUUUGAAGCCAAAGUGAGUUCAAGUUCUGUUCCUCCGUGUCAAAGGUUGGUUGCCACCCUCAGCACAAGCAUGGGAUCUAAUCCCGUUCUAACGGCUCUUCUACAAGGUUUCCCCUCGAUCUGCCUCUUCAUUCAUGUCUAUCAUUUUCAAUAAACAAGAAAAAAUACAACAAUGAAUUGACUUGAUACAUUAGUUGAGUAGGGAUGUUUGAAGGUCUAUAAAAUUAACAUCAUUAAAUGAAGGGUAGACAAAACCAUAAACAACAAUUCAUUAGUUUAAAUAAAUUAUUGUUGAUAACCUCCUGGUACGACUCAAAUUUGCCUCUCGCUCUCCCUUCGACAGGUGGCGGCCGUCAACGCGGGCAGCCAAUUUGAGGCGGAGAUCCGGCAUGAGCAGGAGGAGAAGAAGAAGCAGGCAGAGGAGAAGAAGCAGAGGCAAGCUGCCUUCAAGAACAUCCAGUCGGCCUUCAAAUGA